AGAGAGAGAGAGAGAGAGAUGAGUUCGAACGAGAUGACUCAAAAGCCGCAUGCAGUGUGUGUCCCCUUCCCAGCUCAGGGCCACAUCAAGCCCAUGCUCUGCCUCGCCAAGCUUCUCCACCACAGGGGCUUCCACAUCACCUUCGUCAACACCGAGUACAACCACAAGCGCCUCCUGCGUUCCCGCGGCCCCUCCGCCCUCGACGGCCUCCCGUCCUUCCGGUUCCGCACCAUCCCAGACGGCCUCCCCCCCUCUGACGCCGACGCCACCCAGGACAUCCCCACCCUCUGCCGGUCCUCGCGGGACCUCUGCCUGCCCUACUUCCGGGACCUCCUCCGGACGCUCGACGAGGAGAGCGCCACGUCGGGCUCCCCGCCGGUGAGCUGCGUGGUGUCGGACGGCGUGAUGAGCUUCACGCUCGACGCUGCCGAGGCAGCCGGCGUGCCACUGGUCUUGUUCUGGACGACGAGCGCGUGCGGCUUCAUGGGCUACGUGCAGUAUCGCAGUCUUGUCGACAAGGGUCUUUCUCCACUCAGAGAUGCAAGCUACUUGACAAACGGGUACUUAGACACCAUCAUCGACUGGAUACCCGGGAUGAGGAGCAUCAGCCUGCGAGACUUGCCGAGCUUCAUCCGAACUACCGACCCAGAUGACUUCAUGGUCGACUUCCUGUCGGUCGAGACCGAGAGGGCGAAGAGAGCUUCAGCCAUUGUCCUCAACACGUUCGACCGCCUGGAGCACGAGGUCGUCGAUGCUCUCAAGGCCAUGUUCCCCCCCAUCUACACCCUCGGCCCCCUCCAUCUCCUCACGGCGCAACUGCCUGAUGACGGCACCGGAUCUAUCGGAUCCAACUUGUGGAAGGAAGAGCCGGGCUGUCUCAAGUGGCUCGACUCGAAACCGCCCGGCUCGGUCGUGUACGUGAACUUCGGGAGCAUCACGGUGAUGUCCCCAGCGCAGCUGGUGGAGUUCGCAUGGGGACUCGCGAACAGCGGUCAGACGUUCCUAUGGAUCAUCCGGCCCGACCUGGUCGCCGGCGACACAGCGGUCUUGCCACCGGAGUUCUCGGCCGCAACGGGGGAGCGGAGCCUGCUGGCGAGCUGGUGCCCCCAGGAGCGGGUGCUGGGCCACCAGGCGGUCGGCGGGUUCUUGACCCACAGCGGGUGGAACUCCACGAUCGAGAGCAUCGUGGCGGGCGUGCCGGUGGUGUGCUGGCCGUUCUUCGCGGAGCAACCGACGAACUGUCGUUACAGCCGCGAGGAGUGGGGAAUGGGGAUGGAGAUCGACAGCGACGUGAAGAGGGACGAGGUGGAGAGGCAGGUGAGGGAACUGAUGGAGGGGAAGAGAGGGAAGGAGAUGAAGAGGAAAGCGAUGGAGUGGAAGGAGAUGGCCCGGGAGGCCGCGUGUCCUUCCGGGCCGUCGUUCUUGAACUUGGACGAGCUGAUCAAUAGCGUGCUGCGGCUACCCAGGAGAUAUUAACGCUCCUCUUGUUUCCCUAAAAAUAAAUAAAGAAUUCGAAAAAAAUAUUUUUCGAAA